AUGCACAGACAUCUCUUCUACCACUGUCAUCUCAAAUGCCAUGCUGUUAUGCCAGCGGUGGCUGCAACUAUUCAUCUAGUUGUGGCAAAUUUUGGCACAUCCCCAACACUUGAGAGAUCAAGAAAGCAAAGGCGUACCAACCUUCAAAAUGCUUUGAGAGUUUUGGACCUUGUACCAUCCAAGCAUCAUCAUGACCAAGAGGAAGUUCUGUCGCAUCACCGUCUUAUCAAUGGCUGUAUGGGUGGCAUCUUGGGAGUACAAUCAAGACUGCAUGUUAUGCGUAAGGGUAAAGAGAGCUUUGCUAACUCAAGCUCAAAUCAAGCACAGCCUGAACGCAGUAACAUUGUCUCAAAUAAUACCUCAGUUUGCCCCUCCAUAACUAGACUCACAAAGGAGGACAUGUUUAUGCAAAUUGUGGAGUUGCAUAGGAGGGGACAAAUCAGUUCAGAUGCAUCUAUUUUGGCAUCUGCACUGAGUUACUGUGCUGAUGGGAAAACUCUUACCGCAGGUGUACAAUUCCAUGCUCUACUAGUGAAAGUAGGAUACGUCUCAUCUAUCCCCAUUGGCAGCUCGCUGAUCAGUUUUUAUUCAAGAUGCAGCCAAUUGGACAUUGCUCACCGGGUUUUCCAAAAUAUGACAGCAAAAAAUACUGUGACAUGGACUGCAUUAAUUUCUGGCUAUGCCCAGGAUAAUCAGGUCGAACCAUGUCUCCAUUUAUUUGCACUGAUGAGGCAGUCUGUGUGCAAGCCAAAUGACAUCACAUUUGCAACUAUCUUCAGUGUCUGCACUAAUCAUGCAUUUCUUGUACUUGGUAAAAGUGUGCAAGCCCUACAGAUGAGAAUGGGUUUUGAUUCCUAUGUGCAUGUGUCCAAUGCACUGAUAUCAAUGUAUGCAAAGUGCGGGAGUAUUGGUGAAGCACAAACUGUAUUUGAGAGCAUUACAUGCAAGGACCUCGUCUCAUGGAACUCCUUGAUCUUUGGAUAUUCACAGCAUGGCCUUGCUGAGCAUUGCCUAGGCUUGCUUAAAGAAAUGGAAGGGCACAUAAUACCGGAUGCAAUCUCCUUCCUAGGCGUGCUCUCAUCAUGCCGGCAUGCAUGCCUUGUGGCUGAGGGCCGACGCUGCUUCAGGGCAAUGAUUGAACAUGGAGUAAUACCAGAGAUAGAUCACUACUCAUGUAUGGUCGAUCUUUUUGGCCGUGCAGGGCUGCUUGAUGAAGCAUGGGAUCUGAUCCAGACAAUGCCCAUGCCUCCAAAUGGUGUCAUAUGGGGCUCCCUGCUAGCUUCCUGUAGGGUGCAUGGAAGCAUUUCGAUCGGCAUACAAGCUGCAGAGCACCGUCUAAAGCUGGAACCAAGUUGUGCUGCAACUCAUGUCCAGCUAGCGAAUUUGUAUGGGAGCAUUGGCUGCUGGGAUGAUGUGGCAAGAGUGAGGAAGGUGAUGAAGGAGAGAGGGCUGAAAACAAACACCGGGUGCAGUUGGAUAGAAGUUGGCAAUAAAGUUUAUACUUUCACAGCAGAAAACAGAUCAAAGAGCCAGGUAAACAAUGUCCUGGUUAUUCUUGAUUGCUUGCAGUCACAUAUGGAUCACAAGUAUGAUGUACUGAUUGAUGGUCUGCAUUGGGAUGAUCCUGAGCAUAUAAGUUAA